AUGGGAAAUCGAAAAAUAUAUAUGGCUAUCAGAGCUGUUUUUGUUGACGUAGAUGCUUCUCUUUCACCCCUGAGGCAAGCUGCACAAAGGUUAUAUCAGACCAUGUACCCAUGGUCCUCAGACGACUCUGCAGGUGAGUAUUGCAAUAGGUAUAGCGAGGAGUUAGCGUUGGCUCGCUACACACGCGUCACAACUCUGCAGGUUCUCGUGAACCGACAAGACCCAGACCCACGUGAGGGAGAGAAAAUCAAGGUCCGGACCCAGAACCAGACAGUUACUGCCGAAUUUGAGCUAAGAGAGAGCCUGAAGGUGCUCUUCAGAGGCAAAAUUGUUGUAGCUGAAACGGGAGAAGUUUAUGCGAAGACAGAAGACCGCAGCCUUGGAGAAAGAAGCCCACGCAUAGGUUGUAUCAGAGAGCAAUAUAGAACUGUUGGCCCCCAGGCGAUCCACGCCGCCAUUUGGGCAGUUUCAACUUUCGAUUUUGAAAAUUGA